AUGCUAGCAGACCAGGACGACGACGACGACGACAACAUCCGCGUCGGCAUCGUCGCUUCCGCCCUGGCCCCGCGCGACGUCCCCGAGACCUCGCGCCGCGAGAUCUGGUCCUGGUACGCCUUCUACGUGGGCGCGAACGGGCUGGCGCUCUUCAACUUCGGCCCGACGGCCUUCCAGAACCUACUCGCGCAGGCGGCGCCGUCGGACACGGGGCUGCUCCGGUUCGCGGGGCGCGAGCGCAACGUGAACAGCAUCGUGCUGUUGACCAACGGCAUCAGCUUCGCGAUCCAGGCGGCGCUGUUCAUCGUCAUCGGGUCGUACGCCGACUUCGGCUCCGGACGGCGCUGGGUGCUCGUCUUCUGGUCCGUCGUCGCCUUCGGCGUCGGCUUCGCCUGGCUCGGCGUCCAUGUCCCUGAGCGCUGGCGUGCGGGCGUCGCGCUGUAUAUCCUGGGCCUCAUCUGCUACCAGCUCACGCUGACGUACUGGACCGCUGCCUUCCCGUCGUUGGCGCGGAACACGCCCCGGCUGAAGGAGGCUGCGCGCGCGUAUGCCGAAGGCGAGCUCAGCCAGGCCGACUACGAUCGCCAGGAUGAGAUGGAGCGGAGCAGGCUUAGCAAUGUGGCCUUUUGCAUACAGAGUUUGGGCGAGGUCAUCAUCCUCGCCGUUAUAGUCGGCAUCUUAUUCGCCGUGAACGUGAACGCGAGUGUCGAGGCGAACAACUGGGGUCUGAGCGUCCUCAUCGCCUUCGCGACCGCUGUUUGGCUCGUGCUGUCGAUACCGUGGUUUCUGCUCGAGAAGAAGCGUCCCGGGUUGAAGAUACCGCCUGGCAAGAAUAUUCUUAGCGUCGGCUUCUGGCAGCUCAAGGAAGCUUUGACCAAGAUAUGGCACCUCAAGCAGAGUCUAAUCUAUCUUGUCGGCUAUUUCCUGCUCGGUGACUCGCUGAACACGACCGUCACCGUCAUCGCGACGCUGCAGAACGAAGUCGUAUCCUACGACACAUUAACACUAACAUACCUCCUAAUCGUAGGCAUCGUAGCGCAAGGCACCGGGAUCGGUGUCUACUGGUGGUUACAAAAACGCUACAACAUCAGCGCGAAGACAAUGUUCAAUGUCGUCAUGGUGGGCAUCAUACUGCUCGACGGAUGGGGCAUGAUCGGGAACUGGACCAACGCCUUUGGCUUCCAUCACGUAUGGGAGAUCUGGGUGUACCAGGCCUUUUACGGCCUCUUCGUGUGUCAAUGGUACUCGUAUUCGCAGAUCAUCAUCUCCUCCGUGACGCCCAGGGGCCACGAGUUCCUGUUUUUCUCGCUGUUUACCAUCGUCGGCAAGACGUCGUCGUUCAUCGGCCCGUUCGUGAGUAGUGCCAUCAUCGAUGCGUCUCCGGGUCACAGCAAUAAUAGCGCGCCGUUCUAUUUCUUGUUCGCACUCACUUUGGUUAGUGCGAUUGGUCUCUGGCUUUUCUUAGACUUGGAUAAGAGCGCUAGGGAACAGGAGGCCUUUCUAGCACAAGAGAAAGCAAGGAUAGGAGCAAUGGAUAGUGAAUGA